AUGAACUUCUCAACUUACAGCAACAUCAGCCAAACAAAAGGGAGGGAUUCACACAUGAUAGCUGUGACCAAAAAUGUGAUUGUUGCGGCUUUGUACUUCUCCAUCAACUACAUUAACGGCACGCUUGUACACACUUUCUUCAAGCAUGAGAUCUUUAAUGGGAAUCCUCGAUAUAUCCUCUUCAUCCAUAUGGUCAUCAACGACAUGAUCCAGCUGACCAUUACGGUGUUGCUCAAUGUCAUUGCCUACAUCUUUUACACGGUCAAUGUCUCUCUCUGUUGCUUCCUUGUAGUAACUGCAGUGUUCACCACCCUAAAUACUCCACUAAAUCUGGCUGGCAUGGCUGUGGAGCGCUACAUUGCUAUCUGUAACCCAUUACGCCACAUGCAGAUUUGCACUGUACGCAGGACAUACUUCCUAAUUGGCCUGAUCUGGGUCUUGGGUGCCAUCACCAUUCUUCCUGACCUAUUCUUUAUCCUGGCCACUGAGCCUUUAUCAUUCUUUCUUUCUAACAUCUACUGCAGUCGAGAUUCCAUGUUCCGCCAUCCAUACAUGGUGGAAAAGAGAAACAUUUCAUACCUGGUCUAUCUGUCCUUCGUAUGGCUCACUUUGUUCUACACCUAUUUUAGGGUCAUGUUUGCUGCCAAGGCCACUGGUGCAGACGCCCGGAAGGCCUGCAAUACCAUCAUCCUGCAUGGCCUGCAGCUCCUGCUGUCCAUGUUCACGUUCAUUGGCCCACAAAUCGAGAAUGUGUCAAUUUCUCUCUUCCCCAUGUUUUUCAAUGAGAUAAAAUUCACAAUUUACAUCUUUGUCCACAUUUUGCCCAGGUUUUUAAGUCCUAUCGUGUACGGAUUGAGGGAUCAGAUGUUCUGUGCAUAUCUGAAAAGGCAUCUGUUGUGCAUUUGGCUGAAUGAAAGAAAACAAAGAAAAACACAACCCUCCUAA